GUUCUCUCUUUCCUCGUUGUCGUCGUUGUCGCCGCCGUCGCGAUAUUUACACACGGUCGUUCCCGAAUACCGCAUCGUCCCACUUCUACCUCAUCGAUGCGCAACCAACUCCUUUCUCUCCCCUCCUCCCUCCUGGCCCUGAUCUGCGCCUCGCAUAUCGCUAUCGCCGACCGACCGUGGCCAUACAAUCUACAACCGCACGAGAAAUACUGGCCGGAACACGAGGAGCACAUCAAGCGCGAUGCCCAAAUCCAGAAACGGAUGGCGUGGCAGCCGCCGGCGGGAGUGCAAAAGAUGAGCGACGACCCAGGAGAGAAAUUUUACAUGGAUUACUGGCAGUUUGAGGCGGCAAUGGAAGAGGAGGAAGAGAAUUCUCUACGGAAACGAGGUGUGGAGGUCAACGACUUGGACGAGCAAUACGCAAACGCGACGAUGCCAGAAAGCCUCCUCCCACCAUUAUUAUUGCAUACAGACACGCAGACCCCGCACUUAGGCCUCCUGAGAUUCUUCGAGCGCGAUCUGCUGAAGCGGGGUUUCCAGUGCCCCACCGGCACGAACAGUUGUUCCAGCAUUGGCCGACCGAACAGCUGCUGCGGCAGCGGGGAGUCAUGUGUGCUCAUCGACGAUAGCGGAUUGGGCGACGUGGGAUGUUGCCCAACUGGUGAUACUUGUUCUGGCUCUGUUACGUCGUGCGAUACCAGCGCGGGCUAUAGCAGCUGUCCGGAAAGCGACAAUGGAGGCUGCUGUAUUCCAGGCUAUGUUUGCCAUGACGUCGGAUGCAUUGCGAGUUCGACAUUAACCACGACUACAACUCUGCCAGCGGCAACAGGGAAGAGCGGCAGCAAUUCUGCGUCGCACAACAGCGCAGGUGGAUCUGGCGCAGGAGGCGCUAGUGGAACCACCAAAGGUCAUUCAGGCACGGCGAGGUUAACAUCGACAACGGAGGUCACUACAACGACGACUGAUGUAGAAUGUUCGUCCUCCUGCUCUAAGGACCGUUCGAAGACCGCUUCCCAAAGCACUACUGAAGGCCCUUCUCAAACCCUCACUCAACAGCCUUCUCAGGGCCAGAUGUCCUGCAGCACGGGUUUCAAGAGCUGCCCCGCGAGCUUGGGCGGAGGCUGCUGUGCGACAGACCGCGAAUGCGGCUCUGCUGAAUGCCCUGCAUCCACCACCACCAAAGGCUCUGGCAGCGCUGUAGCACCCGUUCGGCCUACUGGGGCGACUGGUUCGUUGAUCACAUCUGGACCAGGCGCGACGAGCAUAGAAGGCUGUCCGACGGGUUUCUACAUGUGCUCUGCCUACUACAGAGGCGGUUGCUGUCGUGUGGACCGUGACUGCCACUCGACCUCGUGCCCGGCCGCGCCUACGAACACGGUACUUACUAGCAACGGCGUGACGAUAGUUGCACCGUCGGGGGCGAGUUUCGCCGCUGAGAGCGGCAGCUGUGCGACAGGAUGGUUUAGCUGCCCAGCAAACCAGGGCGGAGGCUGCUGUCCGACGGGGUAUGGGUGUGGAAGCAGCUGCACGAGGACAACUGGGCCUGCGUCGGCGUCAGGAAGCGCAGUCGACAAGAAGGCGCCGAGCACGGCGUCACUCAACAUGGAGUUUAUGGGCUGGUUGAUGGCGGUGGCGGCAUUAGUGUCAGGGACGGGGAUGAUGUUGCUAUAGAGCAUUACGACGGAUGUACGAAUAACGCGAGACGAAGGUCAUGAGCA